AUGGAGUCUAAAAUUCUUCGUAAAAUCCUCACUGCUCCUUACUUUGUCACAAAUAAAAUCAUCCCUAACGACCUUAAUGUUCCUUAUGUUUCUGACCUGGCCCAAUCCAGAUACCUAUCCUUCCAUAACAAACUUCAGAACCAUCCAAACAUUCUCGUUUCCAACCCUGCUUCCUCUUCGAUCCCUGACAACCCUCUGAGGCUUGCAAACCUUUUGGGUAACUUCAGCGUGGCGUGGACAUAUGACCUGUUCAUCACCUUAGGCCUUAUUACUGCUGUUCCAGUUUCCGCUGCGCUGGAUGUUGUCCUCUAUGGAGCUACAUUUAUUGAGAUGAAACUGGCGGGUAUAAUACUGAUCUCGAUUGGUUUCUUCCUCGUCAUGUUUCCGGACAAUUGGCCGAACUAUAUUACUCGCCUACUCAGUCGUCCUCUCCCUCGUCGAUGCCCUCUCCUCCAAUCCGGAGGAGUAAAACUGAUGGAGUGUUAA